AAUACUUGCAAUAUUGCGAAAAACAGUGAAAACAAAAAUUUUGUGUCGGCCAAUCGGAGAGAAGCCGAUCGUUAUGGUGGGGGAUAUCAGCUGCUAAUGUUUUGGCGGGACAUCUGGUCGUCCAGUGAUUAUUCUCUCACACAAUUCGAAUUUUUGUCAAGUGAAAAAGGAUAAGUGGAUAGUUAUUAUGGAAAAAAAGAAGAGCUCGAGGAGGAAGAAAAUCCAGGACGACGAGAAGGAGCUCAAUGAAGAAGAUCCUCAUGAGGAGGAGAAACGAAGUCUGAGAAGUCAGAUCAGUGAACUCGAGGAUUUGAUAACCGAAAUAGAAUUUGCUCUGAACCAGCCGAAAUUCGGGGACAUUGAUAACACAGAAAUGUUGGAGCUGCCAGUGCAGCCAAUGAGGUCCUACAGAUUGAAGAAUGUUGAUUGUCUCCUGCAGUAUGAGCUGUAUAAAUUAUCAGGAUUGUACUGCGCUAAAUUCACUAAACACGAGUACAUCUUCAACUUCUCGCCUUUCUCAACGAUCAAGAAUGGUUCUUUGUACACACUGCAAUUCUUCACUGAGAAUGGUAGCGGAAGGAUAGGGAAAUACAUUAUGCCCUCCAGUGGAAUUCUGGAGAAUAUCCUCCAGGACACUCCCAUUGACAAGCUGACAGGGCUCAUCCCCUUCUUCAGGAACUGUAAGAGACACCUGGAUUGCUACGUCGACAGGAAAGAGCAGUUUGAGAAGCUGAAAGAAUUGACAAAGAAUGUUAAAAACAUCAGGGUAGAUGCAGACUAUAGUUUCGUCCUUAUCACGUGCAAUUUUCUCCAGGUGUAUCGGAAAUCGUCAGACAACUUCGUGGACAUCGCUGUGUAUCUGUCCUACGAUUACGGAAAGGCUAGGCCUAGCACUGUGAACGUGGACUGGAGCAUGAAGAAGAAACCGAGUGAGGACGAUGUCAAGGGGCUGAAAUCCUUCGUGAAGAUCUUUAGGGUAGAGAAUUUAAUAGGGGCCUAUCGGCACAUUGAAGAGUCCAAUCACAAUAUUUUCUCGUGGAAGGCUACAGAGGUGGGCGAAGAGAUCCUAAACGUGAACGAUUUGUCUGACUCUGAAGAAGAAGGUCCCAGACCCACCCGAUCAAGAAGAGUUCCAACGAAACGAAAAAGAUCGCCUUCUCUAGAGGAGAAUAAAGAAACUGAAGAAGAGGCUGGAUCACAGGUGUCAGAGGAGCCUGAGAGAUUUAAGCAGCCUACGAAGAAGCCUGUGAUAAAAAAGUCAAGGCCAAAACCAAAAGCCCAACCCAAGACUCUACCGAAGGCUCAACCAAAGGCUAAACCGAAGGCUCAACCCAAGACUCAACCAAAGGUACAAACAAAGACUCAACCGGGGCAAAACAGUCCGCAAAAGGUCCCACAGCCUAUCAAAAAAUCAAAAAUUAGACAGAGCACCUUGAAUUUCUCAAAAUUGCCUCCGAAAGACUCUGACGACUCCACUCCACAUGGUAAAAACCCCAUGAAAAAUCCCAGAAUUAUGAAGGCAGUCUCCAGUACCCCAUUGCACAGAUCUAAAAAAAAUAGACAGCAACCGAAUACUUUAGUAGACAUUAGUCCAAUUGUCGCUGAGAAAACACAAAAAAAAUUGACGAAAGGAAAGGAAGGAGCGAAGAAAAAAAAAUAGUGGAAGGCAAUUGACAAUUAAUGUUAAUAGAUUUUCAUAGAUCAACACCUUCGGAUAAAAUGAAUAUUUUUCUACAGUAUUAAUGAUAAUUGAUGGAUGAUAAUGUCCACUGGUUAUGGAACUUACAUGCAAACUUUUCGACAUUAAACCCAACAGUGGGUACAAUAUCAAUGCAACGGUCGUCCUCGCGUUUGAAAUGAUUUAUGACCGUUG